GGGACUUCCGCAUACGUAAACACGCAAAUACACGUAAUGUUUCCUUGGCACAGCGUGAUUGAACCAUGGAUGGAACCGAAAAAACAAAAUAGAUAUUAUCUUUUACACAGUUAAAUUGUGUUGUUCUGUUUAAACGGCAUAUAACAUAUGAGUAAAGGGAUUUCUUUGACAAAAUGUGAACUGUAUUUGUAUUUAAAUGCUUGAAUUGUGUUAUGAAGUAGCUACCCCUUUAAGGAAUUCGUCGUCAUUUUAGGGGCGUGGCCAGAGUGUGAGAUUGACACAAAUCUGAACCAAUUAUGUCACAAUAUUGUAUUAUCAUCCAAUCAGAUAGCAGGGGACGUGUGCGGUGUAGUAUCCGCACAGACAUGGCUCCACAUGUAGAAAUACUGGCGCUAUAUAACCUUGAUUGAUCAGCUUCCUCGUUUGAAACAAGCCUGAAAGAGCAACAUGCAGGCUGCUAUGGAUAUCACGGCAAAGUAUUGCCAUAAAGAAAUGGAGGCAUAUGGGUCAUGUGUGGCCUCCAACCCAUCAACAUGGCAGCAAAAGUGUCAUGAACUGAAGAUGAAGGUUGCACAGUGCACAUCAUCACACCCAGUGAUCCAGAAGAUCAGACAGGACUGUACCAGUGAGUUUGUGGAGUUUGAGCGCUGUCUGAGAGAAAACCAGGACAAACCUACCUCCUGCUCACCACAUGUGGCUCGCUUUCUGGGCUGUGCAGAAACUGUAGAUAUCAGUGGAGUGGCUUCACAUCCGGUACCUCAGCCAUCGUAGCAUUCAAACAUCUUCCAUCACCUUCAGAUUACUCCUGUCUCCAAAGCAGCAGAAAUGGGCUGGUUUCACAUGUUACUGUAUGUACAGUGACUGUGAGGAUAUUGUUUUUUUCCUUUGUGUGAUUAUUUGUCUUUCUUCAACAAAGAUAUAGGAAAUGAAUGCAACAGUACUGUGAGUUAGACUAGUUGUGUAGAAUAUUUGAUUACUAAAUUGUUCUUUCACACAUCAUGUAAAUGUUGUGUUCACGUGAAAAUAACAUUUAUAAUUGCCUGUGUGCAAGAAAGUCUGUAUUUUACAGAUUUUUAUUGAACCAUCUUAUUAAAAUUGACAUCAGACUUGUGUUAUUCA